UGAAAGCUCAUAAAAUAAAAUGUGCAAGAAGCAGAUUCCUUUUUUUUUAAUUGUCAUGCAUUUAUGCAGUGUGUGUGUGAGUGUGUGUGUGUGUGUGUCUGUGUGUGUGUGCACGUGUGAAUUUACGUGCAUCCAAUCCGCUCCCCUUGGGGCUGCUGGGCAUCCAACUUAGGUCUUUUGCAAUAGCAGCAAGUGCUCUUAACCACCGAGAAGUUUACUUCUUGAAAGAAGGCUGCUGAAGAACCAGAGUAAUGUCUGGGCAUAUGGGGAAGGGCAGAAGCCAAGGAGUCAACCGAACUGGUGUGUAUAAGACAGAUAGAUUACUGCUCUUAGCAGAGCGAUGAGCAAAGGCCUGUCCUCCAGUCACACAGCAGACCCAUGAAGAUCUGGUCUCUGUGACGCUGAAGGGGCUGAGAGUAGAGAAUAUUGUAACUGUAAACCAGUAACUACCGUAAGUCAAGGGCUGAUCGGCAAUCUGAAGUGGGUGAACCUGAGACAGGCACAAAGGUGCAGAGGCUGAUGGAGAACAAGGGUAGCCAGGUAACAGCCAAUGUUCAGACAGAUCGUAGACUAAUAGGUUAUUUGAUAGGUGCCGUGGAGAUGACUCGUGGAUUAUGGAUAGUUGAUCAAAGAUAGGAAAAUGAUAGGUGAUUGUGAACUGGUUGAUAAAUGAUUGGUAAACUGCACAUACACACACACACACACACACACACACACACAGAGAGAGAGAGAGAGAGAGAGAGAGAGAGAGAGAGAGAGAGAGAGAGAAUUUCAGAAAAGAAGAAUGAAAAAAGCACCUUGAGUUUAGACAGAUUACACAGAGCACAUGAUGGGGCUGGGAGAAAGCUGGUGCCUUCUACAGUCUUUGCACCUCCUUCCUCCUAUAGCUCCCAGCUGAGCCUUUCCCUCCAGGUUUCAAUCUCCUCCUCCUCGAGAGUCUGUCAAUUUUGAGAUGGUGUUGACAGCCCUUUUUACCUAACUCUCCAUGACUCAAGAGUAGCAGUGCAUUUCCACAGGCAGUGGAACUAUUCCGGACUCUUCCCCUCUUGUGUGUGCUGUUUACUUCCUCUGCGCUUCCCCUUCCUGCCUACUGCUUGGAUCACUACAGCUUUGGUGGGGGUGGGUUGACCUUUCUCUCCACCGCCUCUUGCCAAUGAGCUCCCUCCAGGGGCUGGAUUCCUCGGGAAGGCUAUGUUGGUAACAACAACGGUGGUUUCAUUCUUAAAAAUCCUUGGCCAUUUAGCCUGUCCUUGGCAUCUUGCCAGAUGGUCAGGGAUUCGAAGGCCAUAGCACAGCCCCAUGGUAGCCAGGUGGGUGAAGGGGAGCGAGGACGCGCCACUUGCCCUGCAGAAGAUUCCUGACCUACAGAGUGAGUGACCAGGUGGUCCAAGGAGCCUGAGGAUGGAGGCCAUUCACAUUGGCAUGUCCAGUGCCCCACUGGUGAAGCACAGCAAUGGGGUUGGACUCAAAGCCCACAGGCCCCGAGUCAUGUCGAAGAGUGGACACAGCAAUGUGAGAAUUGACAAGGUAGACGGUAUCUAUUUGCUCUACCUCCAGGACUUGUGGACGACAGUCAUCGACAUGAAGUGGAGAUAUAAGCUCACCCUGUUUGCUGCCACCUUUGUGAUGACCUGGUUUCUUUUUGGGGUGGUCUACUAUGCCAUAGCUUUUAUUCAUGGCGAUUUAGAACUCGGGGAAUCUAAUUCUAACCACACGCCCUGCAUUAUGAAAGUGGAUUCCCUCACAGGGGCAUUCCUCUUUUCCUUGGAGUCUCAGACAACCAUUGGCUAUGGGGUCCGUUCCAUCACAGAGGAGUGUCCCCACGCUAUCUUCCUCUUGGUUGCCCAACUGGUCAUCACCACCUUGAUUGAAAUCUUCAUUACUGGAACCUUCCUGGCCAAGAUUGCAAGACCCAAAAAGCGAGCCGAGACCAUUAAGUUCAGCCACUGCGCCGUCAUCAGCAAGCAGAAUGGGAAGCUAUGCCUGGUCAUCCAGGUGGCUAACAUGAGGAAGAGUCUCUUGAUUCAGUGCCAGCUUUCCGGAAAACUCCUCCAGACACAUGUUACCAAAGAGGGAGAGCGCAUUCUCCUCAACCAGGCUACUGUCAAAUUCCACGUGGACUCCUCUUCCGAGAGUCCCUUUCUCAUCCUGCCUAUGACCUUCUACCAUGUGUUGGAUGAGACGAGCCCCCUGCGGGACCUCACACCCCAGAACCUAAAGGAAAAGGAGUUUGAAUUGGUGGUGCUUCUCAAUGCCACCGUGGAAUCCACCAGCGCAGUCUGCCAGAGCCGAACGUCUUACAUCCCAGAGGAGAUCUACUGGGGCUUUGAGUUUGUGCCUGUGGUUUCUCUCUCCAAAAAUGGAAAGUAUGUGGCUGAUUUCAGUCAAUUUGAGCAGAUCCGGAAGAGCCCGGAUUGUACCUUCUACUGUGCGGAUUCUGAGAAACAGAAGCUUGAAGAGCAGUACAGGCAGGAGGACCAGAGGGAACGUGAGCUGAGGAGCCUUCUACUGCAGCAGAGCAACGUCUGACCCCGGCCGGCCUCUGGGCAUCUCCUAACCAGGGCUCUUCUCAAAAGCAACGGCUGCCAUGAACAUGGGAUGGGUGGCCCUGCUCCCAAGCCACACAGACGUCCAUGGCCAUCUUCCUCUUUGCUAUGGUAGCUGAACAAGCAUUUCUGAAUAUCAAAGGAUGUCUUCAGAGUGCCUGGUCAGAGGUGAAUGCUCAAGUUCAGAUUUUUUUCCCCCCUAAAAUGGACCUAUGUAUUGGAGAGCUGAGAGUAGGAAGAUAGGAGCAUUCCUCUUGGAAGGCGGACGCACAGCAGUGCUGAUAGUGAAUGGACAUGUAUGUCUAUUCAAGAACACCUGCUUAUAACACAAAUUAUUUAUUUAACCCACCUAACAAGGGCGUUGGCGGCUGAGGUCUGAGGUGUAAUUCGCUAUUUGCGUGUCCCACUGUUUAAGGACACACACACUCCUACUCAUGUUCAAGUGCAUACAUUUUUACCUGCAGUGACGGUCAUCUGGUGAUGACCAAAAGAAGCUGGGAAAGCGAGGACUUAAAGCUUGCAGAAUGCAGUUGUCUUGUUUUUAACCUUCUUCCAUAGACCUUAAUUGCAUGGAGUGAACGUAAUCAAGUCAGGAAUCAAGAGUUCAGAAAAUACGUCCAUCUCAUGACUCUAUGGUCCUCAUCACUUCUCGGGGAAGCAUGUACUAAGCCCCCUUUUCCUUCAGAAUGUCCUUCACAGACAAGCCAAACAGCACCAUUUAGGGACAUCCUGGCAACCACACACACAGUCAGGUUUCAGCCAGGCACACAGUGUUGGGGUCUCUGAGUAAUGUUUUCAAUGCUGGCUGUCUAGAUCCACAUGAAAAGAAGAGUGUGUGAGCCCCACGUCCAUGUGUCCUCCAGGUCUGCCCUCCAUCCACGUUCUUAGUCAACACACCCAUCUCUUGGCUGUUUCACUUUCCCCUGUGGACAUACCUUGGCCACAAAGGAACUGUUCGGAAUUACUAAUGUCUCAGGAAUGAAACAGAUCCCAGAGAGCUGUGACUGCCACAGUUGUGUUAAUUCAUGGAUUGAAGACUACAGUCACCACCAAAGAAAGCUGGAAUUAUCACCAACAGGGAGUCUGCAUAGAAGCAUGUAGCACAUGACAGAGAAGAGGAGCCACAGGAGAGGUGUCUGUGAGCAGGAGGACCCCUUGUGCAAGAGCCAAGAGCAAAUGUGUUGUAUAGCUCAGUGUUACAGGGGUGACAUUUUGGCUCUAAAAAAAUGUAGAAGUAUAAUGCCUGCAUUUCCUUGGGAAAGAGAAUUACGCAGGCUAGGAUUGGCUGAAUAGGUAAACACUCUGUGCCCAUUUUACUCAAAUCAGGACAAACUAGACAUUCCCUCAAGUGCCAUUUGACCAUGAAUGUGCACACGCACACACACACAUACACACACACACACACACAAAACACACACAUACACACACACACACACACACACACACACACACUCAAGUGCCAUGCGACCAUGAAUGUGCAGGCAGUACAGGCAAUACACACACACCCCUCUUGCAUUAUGCCAGUGUGUGCUCUGGCUCUGCAAACACAAUCCCAGGCAUGUGGGAUCAAAGGUCACACUAAGAAAGUCUACCACACUUAUCCUCCUGUUUAUCUGAUUCUUUAAGCCAAAGAACACUUGAGCCCAGAGUAACUGGAGAAACUUUAGCUGGAUGUAGCUGUCAGUGUGAACUACUACACACCCAAUCUCAGCUUCAUGUGACCACAUUUGCAAGUGUCUUUCCUUUAAACAACAAUGAAAUGUGGAGAUAAAAAUCUUUGGGUUGGAAUGGAGCUAAUGCAGUGAGAGUCUGAGGCCCAUGGGGGAGAAGCUUGCAGAACAAUUUCUAUUUAGGAAGAUUUAGGGCUCGAGAAAUGGCUCAGUAGGUAAGGGCACCAGUCCAAAUGCCCAACACCCUUCUAAAAUGUGGUUCACCAGCCUGUAACUACAGUACCCUGGGGAGCUGAGACAGGGGGAUCACUGGGGCUUGCUGGGUACCUCCAGGCUCAGUAAGAGACCCUGUCUCGGGGAAUAAGGCAGAUAGAGGAGGACAAUCAACCCACUCCUCUGUCCUCCAGGCAUAUGCACGCCCCCCCCUCCCAUCUCACUGUCUGUCUGUCUCUCUCUCAGAGACAGUUUUCCAUUCUUGCGAACUGUUGGCUGUUGGCCUGUUCAGAUGUCAGUCCCUUUCGCUAGCAAUCCUGUGUAUUCAUGUCAUACACUUACAGUAGAAUCAACAGGAAAACCAUGCCCUGAGGGUGUUUGUGGUGGCUUUUCCAUUGUAUUAUGAAAUUCCUCACCCAAAACCCACUUUGGUGGCCAUAUGAGUCUGAUUGAUCCCGGUAACGCAACCUGCUUCUGUUGUAUACGGUACAAUGAUAACACGUCAGUCUCAAACUCAUCUUCGUAAAAUCACUGAGCAAACUAUAUUCACCCAGACUUGGAAUAUCUGAUAAUUUGAUUUUUUUUGUACUAUACACAUAGAUAUGCAGUGCCUUCAAAACCAAUGUAUGGGCCAGGUGUGCUGGUACAUACCUGUGACCACAGCACUGGGAGGUGGAGAGUUCAAAGCCAACCUCCACUACAUAAUGCCUCCAUUACAGGAGCCCUUCUAACAAACAAAAAAAAAAAAGUAAUAAUGUUUAGGUCAAUAAAUCUUAUUGUAACAUAGUAUUUAGUAAGUAGUUCUGUAGUUGACUGGUUUGAAACCUAACAUUUUCCAGAAUCCCUUAGAUAUUACUUUGAAUCACAUAGCCUCAUGUUAAUAUACUGGUAGAAGAGUUAAGUAGUAAACGUACUGGAUGUUAUCUAGACAGCUUCCUGGUGGAAACAGAUUCAGAAGAGUCAUCAAAACAAUGGAGUGUUUAACCUGAAGAAAGUUUUGUGUUUCUUCAGAAACCCAAUGCAUUUACCUUCUCGAUGACUCUGCGAAAAUUGUCCUUCAUUUGGGAGACCACGGGGCAGCAGACCAACGUAUACCACAAGCCAUGUCUUCUGCCUUGAUGCUCGUGACCCCUGACAAAGAGGAGACGCACCCUCUGACCCAUACAGUGAGCCACUUUGGGUUGAGGGCGGGAGCUAAACAUUGGUUCUCUGUUAUCUUUUUAUUCACAGGGAAAUUAACAAUGAAGUUUGUGGAUAUCUAAAAAUAAAUGCCUAGCGGUGAGAAGAAUAAUAUUCAUUAGAGUGGAUCAAAUAUUUAGACCAAUACAAACACCUGCUUUGUUUGAUCUUUAAUUGAAUUAAAUUUCUACUUUGAA